AUGGCCAACCAGGGUGCAAAGAAGCGUGCGGAGGAAAACCGUAAACGGCUGGAAAAGCUGCGGAUAGCAAUCGCGAUCGGAAUUGCAUUCCACUUGGUUGUCCGCUUGAUUAUUCGACAAGGCUACACAUCAUGGUGGCAUAUCAUUGGCUUCGGAGCGACCUUCUUCCUUGAAUUAUUCAGCUACAGCGCUAUCUCCAAGUUUGCGGAACCGGAGUUCAACGACAGAGGUGACAUCGUCUACGGCGGGGCGGACCUCAGCAUGGGCGGCAUGUGUGCUUACUGGCAUGACUUGCUGUACAUCAGCAUCUUUGUGCAGGUGGCCACCUGCCUUUCCACGCAUUUCUGGCUCACCCUUCUGGUGAUCCCAGGCUUCCUGCUGUAUCUACUGUAUAAGAAUGUACUUCAGCCCUACUGGGCGCAGAGCCGCGAACAGCCGGUUUUGGACGAGGCCACUAGGAAGCGGCUAGAACGGAGCCAGCAGCGCGCGGAAAGACGAAGGAUGAAGUGGCGAUGAGGGGAUGGAGCAUGGGGUUUGGGAUAAGGGCAUGGAGGAGAUUUUGGAUAUGGAGGUUAAGUGGGGCCUUGACUUUUCUUGUGGGGGUACUGUGAUGAACGGAGUUGGGGUGGCGUUGAGUUGCAAGCCACUUUGGGAUGCGCCCCUUUUGUUGAAGUUGCAUUUGCUGUUCUUCUUGUUCUUGGAUAGUUUGGCGGCUGGGUUAAAAUUUGGGCGUGCAGGACAGGUUCCAAUCCGAAUGCGGUGAAUCGGAAGCCAGUGGAGGGCAUGUAAUCGCU